UGCUGGCCAUAGAUACAGUCGAGUUCGUUUUACCUUUGUGUUUCUGUGAUUUCUGAUAUUUGUACAGCAAUGCGAGCGGUUCUACUGGCGGCUGGUUAUGGGACAAGAUUGGAACGCGACCUACGGAACAAUGAAAGUGGCCUAUACACACAUCUUAUUGGCGUCCCAAAGCCUCUGCUCCCAAUUGGCCCGCAUCCACUCCUAAGUCACUGGAUCCACAUCUUCAAGCAGUGCAGUGCAAUAACAACCAUUGUGGUGGUGGUAAACGAGCUGCAUAAGGAACUAUAUGAAAAAUGGAGUGCAUCUCUUGGUAUCAAACUGAGUAUUGUAAGUGAUGGCUCUGUUUGCAAUGAUCAGAGGUCAGGGGCUGUUGCAUGUAUGCGGCUUGGUUUGCAGGAGAAGAAAGAAGAUACACUGUUCAUUGCAGGGGAUACAUUAUUAAAGAAAGAAUUUUCACUUGAUGCUGUUAUAUCAGAUUUUCAAAAACUUCAAACAAACAAUAGAGGUGCUUGCUUGAUACUGAGUGCACCAGUUGCAGAAGAGAAUGUAUCUAAAACUGGGAUAAUAGAAGUAUCAGCCAAAGGAAGGGUGACUAGAUUUGUUGAAAAGCCCCAGCCAUCGGAAAUUGCAUCAAGGAUCCAGUCUCCAUGCUUUUACAUCAUCUCAAGAGAGAGUUUACAACAUCUUGAGAUGUUCCUAAAAGAAAAGAAAGACAAGCCCCUUAUAACCCGUGAUGCAACAGGAACAUUUAUAUCUGAGCUUAUACACCGUGCUCCGGUCUACACCUAUCAUGUCAGUAAACGGUAUGAUGUUGGUAAUCUUCAGUCUUAUAUUCACUGUCAUCAAGAUUUUUUAAAAGAAACUCAGAAGAGCAACUGUCAGGUGAAACAAUGAGAUUUUAUAAUGGUGGAAUUUAUCUAAGUCAGAGUUGCUGUGAUUUUCUAUUUUCCCCUUAUUUAUUUUGAUUUAAUUGUUGCAGUCAAUUCCAUUAAGAGUGCAAUAUAUUAAGUACUGUAGGUAUAGUUUAACUUUCUCAUUAUAUUAUUUGUAUUUCAUGCUGAAAAUGAAUUGAUUUAUAUAGAUUGUUGUGUUUUGAUGCUUUGAUUUGAAAUAACAUAAUGGCUAAACUAUCUAGUAUAAGCUUCAGAGUUUAUAUUUAUUCAGACUUUCAUUCACUUGUUUUGUCAGAAAAAGUAUUUGUAUUAUGCUGUAUUUGAGUUUUUCAUCAGCAGUUGCAAACAGUUAAAAUUUUAAAAGAAAUGUGUUGUUAUUGUCUUGUGUUUAAAACACAUUGCCAUAGUUUCUAUUGCCUUUGGGUUUCUGGGGACAGUGUAAAUUUAGAAACCUCUGUUUCAUAUCUAGUGAUUUAUCUGUGUCCAAAUACAAUCUGUUUCAUGAAUUCUGGCCCAAAAAUUAAGUUGAAAUGUGCCAUAACUUAUAAAAAAAAUGGUAUUAUUUUUAUUGUAAUAAUUUUUAUGGCACAUGUGAAUUCAAUCCAACCAUCGUUUCAAGAGUAGUUGUCCAAAAAACAACUUUUUUGUUGUUGUUGUACCUGAAUUUAAGACAAACUUGUUUUCACUGUCAGAGAAGAGCAAUUUGUGAGAGCCAUGGUUAGUCAGGUAUUGGCCACAACACAGGUGUGAAAUUUGGUUUCUUCCUUAUUUUACUAGAUGGUAAAGGGCCAUGAUGAUGAAUACAUCACAAACAUUAACUGAUAGAGCAAUGCUUCAUGUGUUUUAGUGACCAGGAUGUAUAUGUUGUUCAUAAAGAGUUAACUGAUUAGGAUAUUAGAAAAAAAAAAUUGUGCCAGUAUAAUUUAUUUUGCACACAAAACUCAUAUUGAAAAUGCAGGUGACCACUUGUAGUAACCUGUUCAUUUAAAAUACUGUAACUGGUAAACUUCAAGUACACGUGUUAUAAUUCCUGAAUAUCAGAUUUAUCCAAGGUUGCAGAAGGAGGUAGAAUGUUUAUGAGUGUGGCUUUUUUUAAACAAAUCAUUACAUAUUUUUGACCUGGUUCCUGUAACAUACGAAACUGAUAAUCAAUAAUGCUUAGUCUGUCAACAAAAUUGCUAACAAAGACAUUCGGGUUUAAAGAGCACUCCAGCUUUUAUGAUAAGUAUCUUUUACUCUGACAACAAAUAUAUUAUAUAGGGAUGCAAUCACAUACAAACUGUAUAUAAUCUGAAUGUCUAUGGCUAUGUUGUUGAAGUCCAGUUAUUAAUGAAUCUAUGAUCUUUACAUUCUUUAUUGUUUACAUAACCUGGUACAAAUAUUAAUACCUGUACAUAGGUCUACCAAAUGCUACGGUAUUUACUCACUCAAUUACAAUAUAAUAAAAGGUAAUAGCACCAUCAAUUUAGGAGAGAUAUCAGUUCCAAGUUAUUAUUUUUUUAUUUUUUAUUUUUUAUUUUUUAUUUUUUUGCAAAUAUGAUUUAUAUAUAUACUAAACUUAAAACUGUUAAUGAACCAUUCUUGAGGCAACAUAUUUUACCUUGUUUAUAUGAUUCCAAAAGUAGUAAUUUAGAAAUUAUGAAAAUUGUAAGUGAUAUUCUUAUAAUGAAAUUCAUACAAAGGAAUGGCUCAUUAUGAAUUCAGUAAUGCAACUGUGUUCUAUAUAUAUCCCCAACAGUUACAGAUAAAAGUUGCAAAUUCAUAUUUGCAUUAUUGUUAAGAUGAAAUAAACACUUCUGAGGUAUUGUGUGUAUUGAAACUGAAGAAAAAAA